CCGGCGGACCUGCUCAAAACCCGGGUUCAGCAGUCCGGCCAGCCAACCUCUCUCCUGCCCACCGUCCGCGCAAUUCUAGCCUCGCCCAAUCCCAUCCGGAACCUAUGGCGUGGAACACUCCCGUCAGCCCUCAGAACCGGGUUCGGAUCGGCCCUCUACUUCAGCUCUCUUAAUACACUACGGCAGUCGGUGGCCAUAGUCAAGCUACAUACCAAGGGAGACAAUGGCAGCAGUACCACUAAUUCUUCUUCUUCCUCGCCGCGGACUUCGGCCCUGCCUAAGCUGUCACACUCAGCAAACCUGCUGACUGGAGCCGUGGCGCGAGUAUCGGCUGGGUUCAUCAUGAUGCCUGUCACCGUGCUGAAGGUGCGGUACGAGUCCGAUUACUACUCGUAUCGGAGCCUCUGGGGGGCUGGUAAGGACAUUGUUCGGACAGAGGGCGUCAGAGGAUUGUUUUCCGGGUUUGGAGCAACUGCCAUUCGCGAUGCGCCGUACGCCGGCCUCUAUGUCGUGUUCUACGAACAGUCCAAGCGGUCCCUGUCCGCCCUUCUAUCGUCCCCAUCUCGAAGUAGCAAAGGUGAGCUGGAAAAGGAAGCCGUCUCGUCGAUGCCGUCCGCAGCUUAUGUUCACUUCCUCUCUGGCGCACUUGCGGCAGGCUUGGCGACAACUAUCACCAACCCGUUUGAUGUGCUCAAAACUCGCGUGCAGCUGAUGCCCUCCAAGUACCGCAACAUGUGGCAUGCUGCAAGGCUGGUUUUACGUGGUGAGGGCGUCAGGAGCCUAUUUGGCGGGCUGAGCUUGCGUAUUGGGCGGAAAGCCAUUAGCUCUGCCUUAGCCUGGACGAUCUACGAGGACCUGAUAUUGCGUGCUGAGACCUCCCGGUGGGCCCAGCAGGAGAAGAGCAUGCUAACUUGA